AUUUAUGAUACCCACUCUGGUAUGCACGGCUGAGUGUUGUUUUCUGUCACAUGCGGAAAUGAUCGGAAGAGUUUCUAUGUCUUUAUAAAUUGCACUCAAGGUCGGUCUGUCUGUGUUGUAACUUUUCCUUAUUGUUGACAAUAUGUUUUGGUUCAUGGACAUGAAGGGAAUGUGCUUUUUACCAGUUUUUUUGGUCAUCUGGUCAUCCAGCACGUUUAUUGUCUCCUACAUAAUUGCAUUGUUCGAGCAUGAUUUGGGUUUCAUCUUACCCUAUAUAAGUGAAAUUGGGGCUGAACCCCCAGAGAGUUGUAUCUUUGGCUUGAUGACGGUCAUCACUGCAUUUGCAGGUAUGGCCACCAUGUAUACCAGAUACAAGUUUGUGGAGAAGCUCAAUGAGACAGCAGGUGGUGUGCCCCCAGCACUGAACCAGGGUGCAUUCUGGAUUGGAAUGCUUUCUUGUUUGGGGAUGUGUUUUGUCGCUACUUUCCAGGAAACAACAAUUAUUCAAGUUCAUGAUGCAGGUGCAAUACUCUUCUUCGUUUCUGGUGUGUUGUACACCAUCCUCCAGUCCAUUAUAUCCUAUAAGGCCUUCCCCUAUGGAUGUUCCUUGGCCUUGUGUCGUGUGCGCACAGGAAUGGCAACCAUGGCCUUCCUGGCAGUCCCCCCCACUAUUAUCUGUGCCUUACUGCAUAGAACUGAAGACAAGGACAAUGUGUUCCAUCUGGUGAGUGCUGUGAGUGAGUGGAUCAUGGUCUUCAGCUUCAUCUUCUUCUUCUUCACCUACAUCCAUGACUUUAAAAAGUUUACUCUGAAGCUGAGAACAGAGUUUGUUUCCUGACAAAGCAGAGAUGUUCCAUCGGGUUUAAGUCCGGGCUCUGGCUGGGCCACUCAAGGACAUUUAGAGGCUUGUCCCGAAGCCACUCCUGCGUUGUGUUGUCUGUGUGCUUAGGGUCGUUGUCCUGUUCGAAGGUGAACCUUCACCCCAGUCUGCGAUUCUGAGUGCUCUGGAGCAGGUUUUCAUCAAGGAUUUCUAUGCAUCUUUCCCUAGAUCCUCACUAGUCUCCCAGUCCCUGCCACUGAAAAACAUCCCCACAGCAUGAUGCUGCUACCACCAUGCUUCAUUGUAUUCCUCCAAACGAGAUUCUUGGCAUUCAGCCCAAAUAGUUCAAUGUUUGUUACUUCUGACCAGAGAAUCUUGUUUCUCAUUAUCUGAGAGUCCUUUAGCUGCCUUUGGGCAAACUCCAAGCAGGCUGCCUUUUUCUGAGGAGUGGCUUCUAUCUGGCCACUCUACCAUAAAGGCCUGAUUUGUGGAGUGCUGCAAAAAUGGUUGUCAUUCUGGAAGGUUCUCCCAUCUCCAAAGAACUCUGGAGCUCUGACAGAGUAACCAUCAAGUUUUUGGUUACCUUCCUGACCAAGGUCCUUCUCCCCCGAUUGCUCAGUUUGGCCAGGUGGCCAGCUCUAGGAAGAGUCUUGGUGGUUCCAAACUUCUUCCAUUUAAGAAUGAUGGUGGCCAGUUUUCUUGGGGACCUUCAAUGCUGCAGAAAUGUUUUGGUACCCUUCCCCAGGUCUGUGCUUCAACACAAACCUGUCUCAGAGCCCUACAGACAAUUGCUUUGACCUCAUGACUUGGUUUUUGCUCUGACAUUCACUGUCAACUGUAGGACCUUAUAUAGACAGGUGUGUGCCUUUCCAAAUCAUAUCCAAUCAAUUGAAUUUACCACAGGUGGACUCCAAUCGAGUUCUAAAACCAUCUCAAAGACAAUCAAUGGAAACAGGAUCCACCUGAGCUCAACUUCAAGUCUCAUAACAAAGGAUCUGAAUACUUAUUUAAGUAAGGUAUUUAAAAUAAAUAAAAAAAAGUGUUUUUGCUUUGUCAUUAUGGGGUAUUAUGUGUAGAUUGAUCAGGAAAAUAUCCAUUUUAGAAUAAGGCUGUAACGUAACAAAAUGUUGAAAAAAGGGAAGGUGCGAAUACUUUCCAAAUGAACUGUAUGAGAUUAUCUGAAUGAUUACUUGAUUAAUACAUCCUGUGAACAGCAAUUCUAGAAUUUGUUGGGUUAAUGAAAAACUCAUCCAGGUGGUAAAGGUCAGUAUUGAACAAGAAAAUCACAAGAUCAAGUUAAGAAAAUGAAUUUCACGCAUCACUAGUUUAUGGAUAGAGGCUGUAUGUAUAUUUACCUACUCCAAGGUUAAUUGUUUUAUAUUAGAAUGUAAAUAUUUUUCUAGUUAGGUAUUUUUCUCAAGAAAAACUAUUGUUUCUCAGGGUAUUUAGGCAUAUCUAUGGAAUAACUCAGAAUACAUACAGGGCUACUGUAUGUGAAGUAUUUCUAUGUUCCCAACAACAAAAAAACUGUUUGAAUAAAAUUAUGUCCACAUAUC